GGCAGGUGUUUUAGGUACAUUUUCUUACCUUACCGCAACAAUAAUACAGUAGCUGAAAAAAACAGCUCUACCAACGAAAACACGGUAAAAAGCACUGCUUUUUGCUCGUCAGUUUGGAAGAAGUGGUGUUUGGAGAAGGAAAUUGCCGCGGAAAUCGAAAACUACGAGCCGACCCAGCCUAACAGUUUGCUCGAGCGAUUCUACGCCGAAAUUAAAAACAAACAUGGGGAAGAUCAUGAACAGGAAAGUCUGACUGUAAUGAUUAAGAACAAAGGCUAUAAACUGUCCAUUAUUGGCGACAGAGAAUUCAGUUCCUCCAAACAAGUACUGGACGGGAAAGCGAAACAGCUUUGCUUAGCUGGCCGCGGCAAGCGCCCAAACAAAGCUCGACAACUAUCCGAAGAGGAAGAAGAAAUUCUCUGGAAAAGCGAGAAACUCGGUGGUAAAACCCCACAGUCCUUAAUUCAUACAAUGUGGUUGCUACUUACUCAACAAUUUGAUCACCGUGGAAGGCAGGAACACCAUGGAAUGAGACUGGAGGAUUUCAGAAUUAUGAAAGGUGAUGACGGCCUUGAAUUUGUUGAUUUUGUUGAAGGACCAACGAAAACCAGACCUGGAGGUUUGAACGCAAAGCCAAGACAGUUUCAACCCAAAAUGUUUCAGACCGGCGGAGGGAUAUGUCCAGUUGCGUUUUUCCGUCAGUACAUCAACUGUAGGCCUCGCAAUCUCAGGGCGAGUGGUCCAUUUUACCUCUCAAUAAAAUACUACAGCGGACCUGGCGAUGAAAUUUGGUACAAAUUCCAGCCCAUGGGAGAAAAUAAAAUCAACACCAUGAUGAAAAAUAUCAUCUCCCAAACCACCCUUAAAUCAUCCGAGAAGCGGUUUACCAAUCACAGUGCCCGCAAAACGCUCGUUAGCAUGAUGAAGAAAGCAAAUCUCGAGUGGUCGUCUAUUGCAAAAGUCACCGGUCACAGAAAUAUCCAGUCUUUAGAUGACUACGAUGAAGCUGACGAAGACGAACAGCGACAG